UCGUUAAUGGCACGUUUAAUUUGUUACAAGAAAAAAAAGAAAAACGCUUUCAGUUUAAAUUCCAUUCUUCUCAUUUCCAUCAAGUUUCAAAAUUUUCUCCUCCUCUUUUUUUUCCCUCCACUUAUUUCAGAUUUUAGAGAUAUUCCAUGGACUCAAACAUUUGCUCACUCAACCAGCUUCACCAAUUUUCUUCUUGUUUUAUUGGACUUCACUCUCAAAACUCCAAAUCCACCCUUAAAUUCUCUCAAUCUUCAACUUUCAAUGCAUUCUCUCCAAGAGAACUCCGCCCUCUUAGGCUAGGGUUUCGAUCGAACUCGCCGGUUGUCGCAUGCCGCUCCGUCUCCGAGAUUGAAACUGAAACUUCUUCUCCGGCAGCCAAGAGGUCCGUUUCCGUCAGUCCGGUUUAUGUCCCCACGCCAGUUAAUCGAGACACUCGCACUCCUCACAGCGGGUACCACUUUGAUGGGACUACUCGACAAUUUUUUGAGGGUUGGUACUUUAAGGUAUCAAUCCCAGAACGAAAACAGAGCUUUUGCUUCAUGUACUCGGUGGAGAAUCCUGCAUUUAAGAGGACACUGACACCAUUGGAAAUGCUGCAGCACGGACCUAGAUUUACAGGAGUUGGGGCACAAGUUCUUGGUGCUAAAGGCAAGUAUAUAUGCCAAUACAGCGAGGAAUCUCAAAACUUUUGGGGAAGCAGACAUGAGCUAACAUUGGGGAAUACUUUUGUAGCCAACAAAGCCUCACGACCUCCAAGUAAGGAGGUUCCUCCCCAGGAAUUCAAUAGAAAAGUUUUGGAAGGCUUUCAAGUUAGCCCUCUUUGGAAUCAGGGCUUUAUUUGUGAUGAUGGCAGGACAUAUUAUGCAAAAACUGUUAAAACUGCACGUUGGGAGUACAGUACACGCCCCAUAUAUGGAUGGGGUGAUGUUGGGUCCAAGCAGAAGUCCACAGCUGGCUGGGCUGCAGCUCUUCCCAUAUUUGAACCCCAUUGGCAAAUUUGCAUGGCCAGUGGACUUUCAACAGGCUGGAUAGAGUGGGAUGGUGAAAGGUUUGAGUUUCAAGAUGCCCCUUCAUAUUCAGAAAAGAAUUGGGGUGGAGGCUUCCCUAGAAAAUGGUUUUGGGCUCAAUGUAAUGUCUUUGAAGGUGCUAGCGGAAAAAUUUCUCUGACUGCUGCUGGUGGAUUAAGGCAACUGCCUGGACUGACUGAGACCUUCGAAAAUACUGCAUUGAUUGGAGUGCACUAUGAUGGAAUUUUCUAUGAAUUUGUGCCAUGGAAUGGUGUUGUAACUUGGGAAAUUGCCCAGUGGGGUUACUGGAACAUUGCUGCAGAAAACAAAACACAUAUGGUUGAGUUAGAGGCAACAACAACUGAUUCGGGUACGACAUUGCGUGCUCCAACAGUAGAGGCUGGUCUUACUCCAGCUUGUUUAGACACUUGUUUAGGUGAUCUAACAUUGAAGAUCUGGGAAAAAAAUGUUGGUGGCAGUAAAGGCAAGCUGAUCUUGGAUGUUAAAAGUGACAUGGCGGCACUAGAAGUAGGAGGAGGGCCAUGGUUUAACACUUGGAAAGGCAAGACUACAACACCAGAGGUGAUUAAAAGUGCACUUCAAGUUCCAAUUGAUGUGGAAUGUAUAUUUGGUUUGGCUCCAUUUUUAAAACCCCCUGGGCUAUAAUUAGAUAAAAGAUCAUGGGCAGCAUAGGUGUGGAAUAUACUCGUCAAUCUUUAUAGUUAAAUGAGAAAUCAUAGGUGAUGAUCCAUAUGAUUGUAAAUGCAAAUGCCUUUAUAUCAAUUAUUCAUAUUUUAAAUUAA